AUGCGCUUCUUCUCUGUUCUUCCAGCGCUGAACCUCAUUUCUUCGGCGCUGGCCAUCUCAAUCACCGAGCCGACGUCGAGCACCACGUGGGAUUUCUCGACGCCGCAGACCAUCAAGUUCACCAGCAGCCCGAAUGACCCUUCCUAUGUCAGCAUCAUUCUGCUCAACAAGUCCACCAACUAUCAGAUCAAGAUCGCAGAUAAUGUAAAGACUGCGUCAGGCGAAUACACCACGCAACCGAAUCCCAGCGUUCCCAACGGGUCUGGGUAUGAGAUCCAAAUCAUCGACUCCUCCGGCACGCUCGCUACUUCCCAGGGCUUCACUGUCGAAAAGGGUGCGUCCAGCAGCUCCUCUUCCUCUUCCUCCCUUGCAUCUUCCACCAGUACGGGGACCUCUGCCUCAUCGACCUCUGAGGCGUCGACGUCGGUGACAUCUACCUCUGGGUCUUCCGCUGCCCUGAGCUCCACAAGUAAGAUCAUUUAUUUGCUUCGUAGGCCUGUAGGUUGGAACAAUUCACUCACAGCCGCAUUUCUAGGCGCUGCUUCUAGCACUACCACUACCGCUUCAUCUUCGUCGACCGCAAGCACUUCUGCUGGCACCACUCUCACUACUACCACAGGCACCUUUUCUUCGACUGGACGUGCCGGUUCUUCGUCAACGAGCGUUCCUGCAGCUGACGCGGCUGCUUCGAUCGGCGUGAGCAAGGGAGCUGCAGCUUUUGCAGGAAUGAUUGGUCUCGCUCUGCUUUUCGUUUAG